AUGGCGGAAGCCGGCAAGAGCCCUGUGAUGUCCCCGGACCAGCCAGCAGGCCAGGAGGUGGUCGCGGCAGAGGUUCUGGACCCCGAGCCCGAGGCUCCCGGGCCACCUCUGCCUGCCCUGCGCUGGCUUCCCGGGGAUCCAAGUCCCCGUGGCCGCUCCCAGAGCGACCUGUCGUCGGCCUCGAGCCGGGGCCGCCCGCUCAGAGUUCACAUCUCCGGCUCAGUUGACGGACUAGACAAAGCAUCCAUAGCAAACUCAGAUGGCCCCCCAGCAGGUUCCCAGACACCUCCCUUCAAGAGAAAGGGGAAACUCUCCACCAUUGGUAAAAUCUUCAAGCCUUGGAAAUGGAGGAAAAAGAAGACCAGUGACAAAUUUAGAGAGACCUCAGCAGUAUUAGAGAGGAAGAUAUCCACCAGACAAAGUAGAGAGGAGCUGAUAAGAAGGGGCCUGCUUAAGGAAUUGCCUGAUCAAGAUGGAGAUGUAACAGUUAACUUUGAAAAUUCAAACGGGCACAUGAUACACAUCGGAGAGGAAGCUACCCAAGAGGAGAAUGUAGGGAAACCUGAAGAAGGGAAUGACUCUGUGUGUGAGAAAACACCACCUCGGGAGGAACAGGCAGAAGAGAAGCCAGAGAACACUGAAAUCCACUCUGAAACACCGGCUGCUCCUGCUCCUUCUCCUACAACUCCUCCUAAACCUAAACCCAAACCUAAGCCAAAAAAAUCUCCUGUGCCUCCCAAAGGGGCCACAGCUGGGGCCAGCCACAAAGGGGAUGAAGUGCCUCCUAAUAGAAAAAAUGUCAAGGCUCCCAGUAAGCAGGCCCCCAUCCCUCCACCCAAGCCAACAAGCCGAAACACAUCCCGGGAGGCUGCUGGUUCUUCUCACUCGAAGAAAACAACCGGCUCCAAAGCGUCGGCCUCACCAUCUGCUUCCUCCACCUCCUCUCGUCCCAGAGCACCCAAGGAGUCACUCACUGGCAAAGCAGGCAUAGUGGGGACCACAAGGGGCAAGAAAAAAAUUAGCAAGCAGCCGGCAGCGUCCCGACUCUCCCCCAGCACAACCACUUCUGACACAUCCAGUCUUAAAGGAGAGUUCUCAGACACUGGGGUAGAGAGCCUCAAACCGGAGGAGACUGUCUCUGGAGCACAGGGGCAGGCCACAGGCAAAUCCAAGGCGAUCUUCACUCUGCCACCUGUCACAGUACCGCCAUCCCCACCUGCCCUUCCUCUGCCCCCUGAGGAUCAGUGCACCAUUGCCUUGGAUACUCCCAUGGUCCUAGUCAGUGAUGGACCUACCCUGCCCGUCUCUGCCUUAGACACAAGUCAGCUCCUUUGGACUGAAGAGCCAAUGAACAGAACGACUCCGUACUCAAGCACCGGCUUAGGUGGGAGCAGAGAACUGGCAAAAUGUUUUACAACCAAAGAUGAGCUGGGAAAGGCUGGACCUCAGUUGCUGACCCCUGAGCAGAUGGGAGACUUGUCAGAAUCCUUCAGUGCCCCAGAGGAAGAGGCCCCAAGAGAGUACCACACCAAUGACUCUGACUCAGAUGGACCCAUCUUGUACACUGAUGAUGAUGAUGAUGAUGAAGAGGAUGAUGAUGAUGAUGGCAGUGGAGAAAGUGCCUUGGCAAGUAAGAUAAGACGAAGAGAUACACUUGCCAUCAAACUUGGCAACAGACCAUCCAAGAAAGAACUGGAGGAUAAAAACAUCCUUCAGCGAACAUCUGAAGAAGAAAGACAGGAGCUGCGACAACAGAUCGGAACCAAGUUGGUCAGGAGACUCAGCCAGAGGCCAACAACAGAAGAAUUAGAGCAAAGAAACAUCUUAAAACAAAAGAACGAAGAAGAGGAGCAAGAAGCGAAAAUGGAACUUAAACGGAGGCUCAGCCGGAAGCUCAGCCUAAGACCUACCGUGGCAGAGCUACAAGCCCGAAGGAUCCUGCGGUUUAAUGAGUAUGUAGAAGUGACAGAUUCCCCGGACUAUGACCGCCGAGCAGACAAGCCCUGGGCCAGGUUGACACCUGCAGACAAGGCAGCAAUAAGGAAAGAACUAAAUGAAUUUAAAAGCACAGAAAUGGAAGUUCAUGAAGAGAGUCGACAGUUUACAAGGUUUCAUCGUCCAUAAUGAAGCACGGGACUGCUCAGAUAUAAAGACUGACCAUCCCUGGCAGAAGCCCUGCUUCCUGAGACCCUGACAUUGCACUGAGAUUUGAAUGUGUAUGUUUCCGUUUUGUUGUGGUGAAGGAGGUGUACGACUCGGCUUUGGUUGAGAGUGCUCCUUGCCUGGACAGCUCAAAAGAGGCCAACAAGCUGAGAGGCAGAUGCAGCAAGCCUGGCUGCCUAGAGUGUGCACUGAUGCAAGGGCCACUCUGGUUCUCUCAGCUGUCCUUCAGCAGGAAUUUUAAUCAAAGAAGACAAGCAGAAGACAAUCGCCAGUUCAACUACCAGAAAGCCAAACAGUAUAGCGCGUGUUCACAAACAGUAGAUAUUGGAAUUGCUGGUGGUCACCCCAACAGGGUGAGAGCUAGAACUAAGAAAGAAAGAGAACUGUUUCAUUAUGUUAAUGAAGAGAGGAAGAAUGAAGAAAAGUAUAUUUUUGAAGUAGACAUUUGGUAGCUGAGAACUUCCUAAGGGAUUUGGGAACCUACUCAACCAACGUAGAUUCCUUAAAGACUUCAUUCUAGAACAUUAUAGUUUCACCAAUAAUGGUUCUGUGUAGUACCAUUUUUUUUAUGUUGUGCCAGUGAAUCCAGUUGCCAGAAACAAAUAUGAGUGUUCAUUAAAUGCAAGAAGCUUCUAGCAGCUCUUACCAAGCAUGCCUGCUCGCAGUGUGUGUGUUGCAUGCUCUCAGUGGUACAGCUACCCACACAUUUUCUUCUAUUGCUUUCCUAAUGUCUGAGCACUCUACAAGGGUAACAGGAAUGAGAUCAGAUGUAAUGUGGCCCUGUAAAACUGUUGCAAGCUUUAGAAAUAAAUCUUCUGCUCUUUCCCUGUCUUCAUUAUCUCCAAAGUCAGGAAACCAUUCUUUAGCUAAAGAAGGUGAUAUGGACGGUCAUGCCACCCUUUAAACACUCAGUCCAGAGUUGCAACUUAAGCAACAUACAAGUGUCUGCUGCUUGCUCCAAGUUCUGAGAGGGAAUUUAAAAAACAUGCCAGGUAGUUUAAGAUGCUGCAUUAAAUUAAAAAAAAAAAAGUUAGUUUGCUGCUACUUAAAAGAAUCAAACUAUAAAAAGCAAGCAGAUGGAUUUAACAAAAGUACCCUAAAGCUUAAAGGAACACAGAAGACUCCUGGUUUCUGUAAAGGAAACCUUACCUUCUGUGAUGAUUCUGUGGAUCAGAUCCAUACACCCAGAAUUUACUCCCCAUGCCAGAGAAGUGGUAAGAUACAGUUCAAGCCAGUUUCCCCAGGAGCCUGUAAUCAGUCUUGUUUACAUUAAAAAGCUUUCCUCCCUCAAACUGUUCUUCUCUGCGGUGUCAGGCCCCAGCACAGAACCCCAGAAGAGCUCACUUGUGAUACUGCCUUGAAUUUCAUUGUCCCUUAACAAUUGUUUUUGUCCCCUUGGAUGAAAAACACACUUAAAAAAAAAAAGGCAGAAUCUAUAUCGCACUUUUUUUUUUUAAACAAAGGCAGAAUCUAUAUGCAUCUAUCUCAUUCUUUGAUCUGAAGCAUUUCAGCUUCAGAAUGUGGAACCCUGUAAUUUUCUAUUUCAACUGAAGAGUCAGCGUUUCAUCAGUUGUGUAAAUGUAGGCCCCGCCAUUCUGUGGUAUUUGGAGGGACCACUUGAAAUCUGAUGAUUUCAUUUAAAAGCGAAAGUGGUUGGCUGUAGGGGACAUGCCACGAGGUAGUCAGCAUCACUGUACCCGUAGCUGCGCUUGGCUGUUUGCAUUAAUGAAACAAUGCUGCGUCUUCACUAGUUCGUCUCACUAAUGAUGUAAGACAGACUUUGCUUUUGAAAUAGUGACUAUGAGUGCGCUGGUAUUUGUCUUUGUCUGGGGGCUUGUUUGAUUUGUUGUUGUUUUGCAGUGCUAGGAUCAAACUAGGACUGACUGUGUGCAUGCUCUGCGUACUCUAACCCCUGAGCUACACCCCUAGGCUUUGUUUUAUAGCAUCUCAACUCAACCAUAAAUAGUAACUUUGUUCUCAUGACUUGCAAAGUAGUUUUCCUUCGUGGUACCCUGCUAUCAUCUCAGUGGCAUGGGAAAAAUGCCAAGGCAGAUUAUGUUUCUUUGUCUACUCUUAUGAUCUCAGAGCAUUUUAAAACUUCUAGUCAAAUGUUCUCCAUACAGUGGAAAUGCAAGACUGGAGCACAGUUUGUCAUUCGCAGUGUGUGCCAUAGAAAGUUUCUAUUGGGUUGGUCAAAAGAACCUUUUUCCCCACUAGUGGUGAGAGUGAUACAGUUUUUACUUUCCACAGUGAUAUUCGCCCACUACAAAACAAAACACAAAAUGCCUUGCAUGCUGAGGCUCCCAGUUCAAUCCCGAGCACGGCACAAAUGAAAACCUGCCUCCCUGAUACUGUCUGUCAGAUUUAUGAUACCUAUACAGUUUCUCAAAAUUGAUACAUUUUGAGAAAUUUUUUGUGAGAAAGAAGUUUAGAAAGCUAAAAUUAACUAGCAGUAGCCUAGUAUUUAAAUAAUGGGGACCACUGAUUACUUCUGUAUGAUGAUCUAUUAACUGUCUUAAAGGCCAUGGGAAGAAUUCAAAUAUCAUGAGCCAAGCUGUAGUUCUCAGAAUAGGGUUCUAUUUUGCUGGUUAAUUUGUAAAGGCAGAAAAGUUUAAAGGCUAUGUAGCCUCAGCAGCAGCCCAUUCACAGAUCUCCAUCCAGGCAUCCCCACAGAAGGCAUAGGCAAGGCCCCCUCUCCCUGUAAUUACCUACCCUUCUUCCCACUGCCCGCAUUCUACAGUCCAAACAACAAGCAGCUAUUCUUUAAGAAAAUGAAUGUGUGCAGAAAUCAUGUGUGUGUAUAUGUGUGUGUGUGUUGCAGUUGUAACACAUUUCCAGUUUUUCACUAAAACAUACCAUUAGACAACUGAGUGAGCUCUCCUGACUCCUGUGUUAUGAUAAAGAAAAAAAAAUUAGCCCAUCUCACUGAAGAUCCUAGCAAGAAAAAAACUAGACCAAAUAGAAAAGUCAAAGUGUCCAUUUCCACCUUGGUUUUGAAUGGAGGAAGGAGACACUGUUGAUACUAAGGUAAUGAGAAGACGCUAAGCCUCCCUUCACGCAGCAGCAGUCUCAUCAUUGCAACUGAUGUGACAAGUCUUUGUUUGCUUGGGGCACCGUGACUGGUCAUUUCCUAUAUAUGUCAAAUGUCUUAUGGUUUUGUGUUAGCUGUAAUUUAUCUUUAUGUUUAUUCCUUAAAUCAUUUAACCCAAAGUCUGCAAUAUUCAGAGAAUGAACUUGGGUGUUUAAGCAGCUAUUAAUUAAAGGAAAGGCAAACAUAUCAAUCUUGCUGCCUUACUCAGAAAUAAAGCCAACUUUCUGCUUUCCUCUUCUCACCCUUAUUAACCAAAUGAAGGCAGUUCUCUGUCUCUGGUGUCAGGAGAACAUUCUGAAAUUUAAUUGCAAACAUAUUUAAGGAAAGAAAAUAAUCUAAUAUGCUUUUCAAAAAUCACCAAAUAUUGAACAUGAGUUAUGAGCCCCUAGAAAUGGCUUUCUACCCUGUAAUUAAUCCAGUGAUCCAUUUGGCACUUUUUAAAAAUACAGGAAUUUGUUCUUGACAGAGAAAGAAAUGUGGGUCCACAUCUCAUGUCCAGAUACACCCCACAUCAACACACGCCAGACAAAACUUGUGAAUGUUAAGCUGUAGGCACAAUAGAAAGAGGUCAGUCUACCGUGUAGCAGUAUGUCUGCAUUUAAACAGUUAAAAAAAAAAGUUUCCUUUUCUUCAUCUCUUGCUCUCAAAGUGUAGCCUGCGUUAUUUGUGCAUGGUCCUAGCAGCAUAUUUUAGAGAAAUCAAAAUUCUUUAGUGUAUGUGAAACAGGCUUAAUCUAAUACAGGAUGUAUGGAUUUAUGUCCUUUUCCUCGGCAUGGGGAAUUUGUUUAUGCAUUCCUAAAUCCCCACUUUACUUGCUUAUCAUUACGAGUACAAGAAGCUGGACUCAGAGAUCAUUAUUCCUUCCACGUCCACACGGCAUGUAGAUUGUCCCUUCACCCCUUAAAAUGAUUAAUCUUUUGUUAGUGUCUGCUGUCUACUUACUGCUGAUAUGUUUUUAUUUAACAAAGCAGAAUGAACCUUUAGGAGAUAUGUGCUAGAGGGGCCAACGGGCACAAAAAUAAGCAAUUGUCAAAUUAAUGAGAACAGCUUCCUGAAAGAAAGCACAUUCUUAGGCAACUCAAAGUCAAGUUCCAAAGAAGGCCUCUAGGUCUCACAACAAAGGCUGGUUGGGACCAAGUGUGAUGGAGAUGGAGGUAAAGGUAGAAAGCCCCAGACCAUUCUCAUUUUUGCUUUCUAUUUACUUUUUCUAAUUGUUAAACCUAAACCCUCUUUCAAAGCUUGAACCACUCACUAUUAGCAUUUCUAGAAAGCAACUGUAAUAUAGACCAGCCCCCACUCUUUUUUUUUUUUUUUGGUAUGACUGUAUGUUGGUUUGGGGGGGGGUUGUUUUGUUUUUUUGAGGCCAGCUUCACCCCAUAAUUUUAAAAAAAAUCUCAUUUUUUACAUAUAAAUAUACAAGGUUUCUUGGCAAAGAAAUGGAGAGUCCUGUGGCUGUUAUUCCAACCCAAUGCCAGUUUUCAGCCCUGUUGGGUUGUAGUGCAGGGAAAUGCCCUUUAGCUUGUUGCUUCUUUAACACAGCUGUAUGUGAACAAAGAACUGUUGAUAGAUGGUUCCCGGUGGGGGUGCUGUUGGCAUUUGGAUCUGGAUAAAUCCUUCUGUGCUGAAAUGUACCACAUGUUGCAAGAUCAUCGGUAUCCUAGUCUCCUGGUGAUUCAACACCAGACAUUGUGAGAACUAAAAAGGAAAAAAGCUUCCUACUUGCCAGCAUAGAAGGGUGAACCCGUCACCUGAAUGCCACUGCCUGCUGCAGCAAGGGACCAUGGGAGAACAUGCCUGUCUCUCAAUACCAUGUUUACAGCCUUACAUGUCUCGACCCACUUCUUUUUCAAAGCCUUCUCCUUAGAUGCAGCUUAAACUGGACUGUUCCCUAGGAAAGAGGUUCCUGGGUAGCCUUGUCCAAUACAGUGGGCAGCGUGACAUGGCCUGAUACUUCUGGAGGGUACAUGAAGCAUCUCUUGUCUAUUACUUCACACAUAGUGUUAUUUCAGAACUAGACUCCUGGUUGCUGGAACCCAGUGGCUCUGAGUAAAACAUUGGUCUUUGGAAUUCAGACUUGGAUUCUACCUGGUAAUACUGGAGACCGAGUUACAAAAAAGUCUCCCUUCCUCCAGUUAACAAUGCAGUUAAUACACACACACAUACACAUACACACACACACACACAUUCAAAAUGCUUGGACUCCCUCGUGUAAACAUAUCCAUAUGGUUCAACUUUUCUAAUAAGAUGUGCAAAUAUGACAUUGUGGCAGACAUGUGGGUAAACUGGAUUGCAUUCAUAUUGUUCACACCAUAGAUAGGCAAAACAAAAUGAGUUUCCCCCCAGGUGCAGCUCGAUCAAGCUGUGCUAACAGUACAGAAAGAUACUCUUUAUGCCACUGAAAUUGAAUAGUCAAUAGGUCUUGAAAAAUAUUUAGAUGAAUUGCAGCUAGCUGCAAGGAUGGAAUUAAUUCCUCCCAUUCUAAUAUUUUUAAAUUAAAAUUCUAAAGACCCUUUUUUUUUAAGGCAUAGCAACUUGGAAUCAAUAAAGGUGGUUAUAGCAUAAACCUAUAGAUGGUGCUUAAAGAAAUCUUAUCUUUCUUAAUAGCAGUAUUUUUUAAAAAAGAAGAGAAUACAUUGAAAGAAGUAUACGCUGUUGCACCCUCAGGUCAAUAUUGUGGUUUAUUAAAAUGCCAAUAAUAUUUGUGCACUUGCCAGUGUCAGGGGCUUUUCCUUUCAUGGAUGCUCUUGGUGUGAUUUUUGACUGUAUCAUUACGUUACUUAGAGAGCAUCCACCGUGAGAAUUUGCCACUGUAGUGAAGACUAGCAUUAGGAAAGAAUUAUUGAGAACUGAGGGUCAAACCACUUUCAUCACCUAAACUAUAGGCACUAAUUCUUUAGUAUUUCUUCUGUGGCUUAGACAUGUGGCCAUGUAUUCAAAGCAUCCUGCGCACACACAUUUUACCAAUUAAAUAUCUGCUAAAAAUUCAAACUAGUUCUCUCUCUCUCUCUCUCUCUCUCUCUCUCUCUCUCUCGUAACAAUUUAUUUUCCAUAAUGGACUGUCUGUGUUCUUUUGUUAUUUCGAACUUUGGUUACAGUGAUAGUGAUGGUAAGCUGUGCUCAUUGGGAGACUAGCUGGGAGAGUGUCCAGUGUGUGAUCUAAUCUUUACACGGGUGUGCUAUCUGUGGGUAUUAAUAACUGGAACUGUACCAGGAUGAACACGACAGUUUCUCUUUUUAUUGCUAAUCCAUUACUAUAUUAUAGUAUCUGGGUGUGACCCCUGCAAGUAUCCACACCUAAGCAUAUGUAUUCCACGAUUGUAACCUGAAAGACCAUGUAUUAUCUUUUUUUAUUCCAUAUUGGUGUUUGUGUUAUUUAAAAUGGAAAAAUUAUACUCAAUCUAGUAGUAUAAUGUAGUAAGAUACUCUGCUGUGCACAGUUCCAAGUGCCUUAGAACAUUGUUUAGCUUUCGAAGUAUACAUAUUUGCAUAUAUGUGUGUAUAAAAUUGGGAAACGUUACCUCAAUAAAAAUCAUUGGGAAAUCCUA